CUUGAAAUAUAGCACAUCUCUGAAAAAGGAUGGACAAUGACGGAGAAGCACCUGCACCAUCUUCUGAAGGAGCUUCACCCGCUUCGCCAUCUCCAGUAGAAACUCCCGUCACCGUACCAGCUGAGCAGGCUACUUCGCCAGUCCCACCUGAACAAUCUGUACCAGCACAGCCCAUUGAAGCAUCUUCACCUGCACCUCCUUCUGAGGAAUAUGCUCCGAUAUCCGCCCCUGACCAAUCUGCUCUCUCAUCCCUAGCUGAAGAGUCUACCCCGGGACCGACUAAUGAGGAAUCUCAUUCAUCGUCAUUAGUGGGAGGAUCAGCGCCGGCACUUCCUAUUGAAGAAUCUGUUUUCUCAUCAUCUACAGAUGAAUCUAAUCUGGCUCCCACUAUUGAAGAAUCUCCCGUCGAUCCAGUGGAUGUAGAGCCUGCUCCUACAAGGUCAAAUGCAGGAUCUGGGUAUGCAACACCUACCGAAAAUCCUCCAUCUUCACCGCCUUUCGACGAGUAUUCAUUAACAGCAGAAGCUGAGAUGGAAGAAAUCUCAUCCCCACAACGUGAUUCCAACGCAAAUGCCGAAAUAUCUGCCUCUCAGAAAGAUGUCCCAGAAACACCCAACUACCCUCCCCUACCUCCUCUCCCAACUUAUUCUCUUUCCUAUGCCGAACAACAGAGGCCUCCAACCCGUACUCUAGAGACUAGCCUGGAUAAUGUGUACACGGCAUCUGCGCAACAGAGAUGGGCAAGCUCAUCUGAGGUGGAAGCGUCCCCCCAUGCUUCAGGCGAUCUGGGUCCGGAUGAGCCUUUGCCCAGACCUGAGGAAGGAGAGCAACAUGAGUUUGAUGACGAGGAUGCAGAGGCUAUUGCUGAGGACACGGCGGUUAUGGAUCCUGAUAAUCCACUGAUGCAACGUGUGCAAGCCGCUCUCUAUAAGCAGCUAUCCGAGCAAAAAUCCAAACUUCAGUAUGAUCUGAAAGAGAAAGAGGAAGCCGUUCGCGCCGCCAACCUUCGCAGAGAAGCCAUUGGUGUUGAGCUUUACUCCUUGCAGCAACAACUAGCACGGCAUCAAGCCAUGCUCGAAGGCACACAGGACAAUUUGAACGUGAUUAGGGGCUAUCGAGAAGAAGCGGAGCGUCGGUUGAGACAUGCGACAGCGCAGUGGAAGGAACAGAAAGAGAAGGUGGAGCAGCAUGCCAAAAACUUGGACCAACACAAGCAAGAGCUUGAAAAGAUAUCGAGGACAAUCAAACAAGUGGAUUUGUAUAAUGAGGAACUUCGAUCUAAAAUCCUUGUCGCCAAGCGAACAACAAUGAAGGCCGAGGAAGACUUGAUCAAACAGGAGCAGGACAAGAAGCGCCAAGAUUACUUUGUUGACCACCUUACAGAUCAAUUGCGUAAACUCCAAGAACGCCGGGCUUUAUAUGAGACACAACUGCUUGCGCAACAGAAAGAGACCAAAGCAGCUAUGGAGACACUGCAGGAUGCUGCGACGGAAAUGGAGGCGAUACAAUUUGAGAAACGACAGCUUCUCCAUCAAUGGAAAAGCAGUUUGAUCGGGCUCCAAAAGCGGGAAGAAGUUCUCCAACAAAUCGAUGCUGGCAUCCAGAAAAAUAAGGAUACCAUCCUGAAUAUGACCGGGGAGAUCUCUGGCUUCAAGCAUUCGCUUCGCAAAGCGCAGGAAGAGAAUGAAUCGCUCACUGUCCUUUUGAAUAAAUUGGAGGGGGAGGUAGAUUUUCUGAAAAGGGAGAUAGGAUCAAUCAAUGAACAGAAGGAGAAGCUAAAGGAGAGUUGGACAAUGUACACAAAAAGUCUGUCUCAGACUGAAGCGGAAUUGGGGACAGUCAUGUUGGAACGUCAGACACUUCAAAUGGAGAUGUCGGCAGUUCAGAAACAGACCCACAUAACCGUCGUGGCCACCCAAAAGCUCCAAUCUGAAAUCACCGAACAUCUGCAAACCCAGCUUUCAAUUUCCAAAGGCGCUCAAGGCACGCGUAAAGACAAUAACCGUCUCCAUAACCAAAUACAUGAGAAGGAGGCAACAAUCGCCCAAGUGGAGAACGACCUUAGUCACAUCAGGUUGGAGACACUAAACGCAAAUUCUCGAAUACGGGGGAUGAAGGAGACGCUGCAGGUUUUGGAUGCGGAGCUGGCGGAGCGAAAUGAGGUUAUCGAGAAAUAUGAGGUGGAGAUACGCAGGAGAAACGAUGAGCUGGGAAAGAAACAGGGUGAAAUGGAUCUGUUGAACAAGAAAUACGAUCAGUUAACGGCGAAGAAUCUGGAUGAAUCCGUUGGCCCAUUGGAAGCAACCAUUCAUAAUCUGAGCAAAUUGGUUCAACAAAAGGAGAAGGAAUGCUCACAGCUUUCGCAAUUCUGGCUUCGUUCACAAAACGAGCUAGUCGUAAUGACAAAGCGAACAGGAGAAGUAUCAGAUGAAACCCAGGAUCUGCGGAUGCGAUUGACUGUAUUGAGCCGCAAAAAGAUGGUGGUAAACAAUGCAUUUGAUACUGAGCUGAAAGAGAUUAGGGAGCACCAACGAAACAUCCGACAACUUCAAAAUGACAUGGUGAAGAUAAAUACACUUCUCACCCGUCAAGCCUCUGUGCAAAAUAAACUGGAGGAGAACAAUCUCGGCUUAGAGCAAGAGUUCAGAGCGAAGCUGAAGCAUGCAGAACUUGAGUCGAUCCAAAUGGAGCAGAAUCUUGAGAAUCUCAAAUCCGAAAAGCAACGCGCUCUCCAAGGCCUGGUUGAGGCAGAACGCCAAAUGAUGCUAUGGGAGAAGAAGAUACAGCUGGCGCGAGAGACGCAGGCGGCUCUUGAUCCAAAUGUUGGGGCUACAGAGAUCAAAGAGAUGCAAGCAGAGAUUCAUCGAAUGAAACUUCGAUAUGCAAGCAUGCUUAAGUUGCAGGAAAAGAUGGUCGCGGAAAUGGAGAAAAGCGUGUAUAGAAGGGAGAGCAUCACAGCACGGACGAAGACAAAAGGCAAAGGAGGCGGACAAAUAUCACUGCAGAAAGCAAUUACUGAUCUAACAAAGAAGAUCCGAAUGACCAUGAACGAUCUGCGGGAGUGUGAUCAAGAUAUCGUGGCGCUACAAUCUUCUCAAGAGAAUCUGACAGCUCAAGUCUCUCAAGCUUCAAAUUCAAUCACAGACCUGGAAGCAAAGGAGCAGCAGCUCCUGACGGACAUUGAAACUCAAUUACAAAAGAAGGAGCUGUUGGCCAAUCAGACUCUUUUGAAGCAACGUCAAGCACGACGAUAUCGAGAUGUUGCAGAUGGAAAGUACAGUUUCCUCGUACGAGAGGCUGACCAAAGGGAAGUGGAGCGAGAUAAACACAAGGAACGUUUAGGAAAGAUUGACAGUGUAAUCAGAACUGUCGAGACGGAAUAUGGUGUAUCGGUGAAAUCGAGCUUUGAACCAAUACAUAACCUUAUUGCAAUGGGGUUGACAGUCUGAUCAUGGCAGUACGGGUUGGCAGUAGACGAACUGACAAUAUUUGAGGGCGGGCCCUCUUUGAAAUAUCUCCUGCUUGUACAAUUAGUUAGAUACAGUGUGACAAUUAAGGAUGUUCACUGGUUAAUAUUAAAGCCUAGAAACAUGAUUGAUAG